AUGAUCAGCCGUGCCCUGGGCCCGGAGUUUGGGGGCAGCAUUGGGAUCAUGUUUUUCCUGGCCAACGUGUGUGGCAGUGCCCUCUAUGUGCUGGGGCUGGUGGAGGCGGUGGUGGACAGCUUUGGGAUCCCACCUGGGCAAAAAGCGGGCACAGGUGUCCAUGUCCUGCCCCAGAGCUACUGGUACGAGCUGCUCUAUGGCACGGUGCUGCUGGCCCGCUGUCUCCUCGUGUGCCUCGUGGGUGCCUCCAUCUAUGCCAAGGCCCCCUUCCUCAUCUUCCUCAUUGUUGUGGGUGUCCUGGGCACCGUCCUCGUCAGCUUCUUCGCCACACGGCCCAUUGGGGUGCCCAUCCGCCUGCCCUACUUCAAUGGCUCCGAGACUGAGAACGGCUCCUUCACCGGCUUCUCACUCGCCACCCUGCGAGACAACCUGGGCGGUGGGUAUGGGGUGGACUACACCACCGGGCAGAUGAUGAGCUUCAGCUCCGUCUUCGCAGUGAUGUUCAACGGCUGCACUGGCAUCAUGGCAGGCUCCAACAUGUCAGGGGACCUGAAACGCCCGAGCUACUCCAUCCCUCGGGGCACCAUCUCUGCCGUGCUCUUCACCUACCUCGUCUACAACCUGCUGGCUUUCCUCAUGUGUGCCACCUGCAACAGGACCCUCCUGCAGAAAGACUAUGGCUUCCUCCUGCGUGACAUCAGUUUCUUCCCGCCUCUGGUCACGGUGGGCAUCUACGCUGCCACCCUCUCUGCGGCUAUGAGCAACCUCAUCGGGGCGUCCCGCAUCCUCUAUGCCUUGGCCCGCGAUGAUCUCUUCGGCCGGGCGCUGGCGCUGGCCAAGAAGACAUCUGCGAGUGGGAACCCUGUGAUGGCGGUGAUCAUCUCCUGGCUGGUGGUACAGCUGGUGCUCUUCUCCGGGAAGCUCAACACCAUCGCGGGGGUCGUUUUUUUCUUCCUCCUGGUUUAUGCCACCGUCAACCUGGCCUGCCUGGCACUGGAGUGGGCAUCGGCCCCCAACUUCAG